AGUUUACUUCGCUAUGGUCACACUGCUACCGGCUUUCUUGUUGUAUGCAAUUUGUUUUUGUGCUAUUUAUGCGGUUGUCCUGAUUUUCCUCCUGUCAAAAUGCGUGCGCCUGAUGCGCUCGUGUACCUCCUCGCUAUCCUGUUUCUCGUGCUGACCUCCGUCCACGGUACCCUCGCCCCGGACAGCCAUAAACCAAAAAGCAAACACAAGGAAAGUUCGCUGCGUGGCGGACCUCAAGACAGCGAUGUUUUCGAUCUGGGAUUGGUAAAUCCCGAACCCUUGGCCAAGGACAUCGUGGCCAACCACAGAGGCUACUUUAAGGAGUCGGGACUGAGGCGAUUCAAUGGCACCACCUUGGGCUAUGUGACCCCAUGGAACUCCCAUGGCUAUGAUGUGGCCAAGAUCUUUGCCAAGAAGUUCGACAUCAUCUCCCCGGUUUGGCUGCAGAUUGUGAAGCAGGAAGAUCGCUAUUCCGUGGCAGGAACGCAUGACAUCGAUGCGGGCUGGGUGAGCGAUGUCCGGAGAAAGGGAAAGCAGGCCCACAAUCAGCGCACCGUGAAGGUCUUCCCCCGCUUCAUAUUCGACCACUUCACCGAUCGGGAUAUUAAGCUACUGCUUAGCGAUGCCAGGGAAAGGACGAAAGUGAACGAUGCCCUGAUUAAGUGCUGCAAGGACAAUGGCUUCGAUGGUCUGGUCCUGGAAGUGUGGUCCCAGCUGGCUGGGCGCAUAGAUGACAAAAUCCUUUUUGCACUGGUUCUGCAAAUGGCUAAAGAACUACAGAAGCAGCAGUUGCGCCUCAUCCUAGUCAUACCUCCAUUUCGCAAGGACACGGGCAAUCUUUUCGGGGAGAAGCACAUGGACAAGCUUUACAAGCACAUAUUCGCCUUCUCGCUAAUGACUUACGAUUUCUCCAGCGUACAGCGACCUGGAGCGAAUGCACCCCUCUAUUUCGUACGCAAGGCUGUGGAAACAAUUGCCCCCGAAGGAUGUACCGAUAUGGCGGCAAAGCGUGCCAAAAUUCUGAUGGGUCUUAACAUGUACGGCAAUGAUUACACACCCGAUGGCGGCGGACCUAUCACCUUCUCCCAGUACUUGGAUUUGGUGAGGCAUGUGAAGAAGCAUUUGACUUACGAUGAGCGGGAUGUUGAGAAUUUCUUUGAAAUCAAAAACCAAGACGGGCGUCACAUUGUAUUUUAUCCCACUCUCUACUCAAUUAACGAGCGAAUAAAGCUGGCCCAGGAGUUGGGUACUGGCAUUUCCAUUUGGGAACUUGGGCAGGGACUGAACUAUUUCUAUGAUCUCUUUUAGUUAGCUAAUAAGCAGCAUGCAAAGCAUAAAAAUAUUCAGAAUAAAUGUCCGCUAUUUUAGAUAAUGCGCUUCUUACCCAUAAAA